ACAAAUUGACUUAUAGCUGCCUUGUGGAGUAACAAUUAGUACAUAUCAAACAUGAUGAAUUCAUUAUUGGGAGCUCUAGUUGUAUCCAUAGUGGGAUUUACUAUAACAGCUGCUCACAAUGACAAUGUUAUGGAUUCAACAACAUUAGCAGCCUGUGAGUUUCCAGCAAUUUACAACUUUGGCGACUCCAAUUCGGACACUGGUGGAAUGGCAGCUGCAUUUUAUCCCAUGGGAGAACCCUGCGGUGAGUCCUACUUCCAUAGGCCUGCUGGAAGGGGCUGCGAUGGCCGCCUUAUUAUUGACUUCAUUGCUGAGCACCUUGGAGUACCACACUUGAGUCCAUAUCUGGAUACAUUGGGAACAAGUUAUAGGCAUGGUGCAAACUUUGCAACAGGAGGAGCAACAAUUAGGAGAAUAAAUGAAUCAUGGUUUGUGACUGGUGUUAGCCCAUUUCCUCUUGAUAUUCAAGUUGAGCACUUCACUCAGUUUAAAGAACGUACUACCUACUUCUACAAUCAAGCCAAAGAAACCUCAGAUAAAAGCAGGCUUGCUAUACCUGAGGAGUUCCCAAAGGCACUUUACACUAUGGAUAUAGGGCAGAAUGACAUUGCUGCUGCUUUUCGAAUGCUGCCAAACAUGGAACAAAUUCGAGCCACUAUACCGGGCAUAAUCAACCAGUUUGCCGCACAAGUUCGAGACCUAUACAAAAAAGAAGCUAGGAAUUUCUGGAUUCAUAAUACAGGUCCAAUUGGCUGCUUGCCUGUGGCCACUGUCAAAGUUAAAGAUCCAGCACCAGGGUAUCUGGAUGAACAAGGAUGUGUCAAGGAUCAGAAUGAUAUAGCCUUGGAGUUCAACAAACAACUCUCCAAUAUGGUUAUCAAACUCAGGAUAGAGCUUCAAGAAUCUGCAAUAACUUACGUUGAUUUGUACAGGGCUAAGUAUGAGUUAAUCAGCAACGCGAAAAACCAAGGAUUCGAGGAGGCAUCCAAGAUCUGUUGCGGGUAUCACGAAAAUGGAAACGAUAUUUGGUGUGGGAAAAAAGAGAGAAUUAAUAAUGGAACAGAAAUAUACACAGGAUCUUGUGACGAUCCUUCGACUGUCAUUAGUUGGGAUGGCGUCCAUUAUACUGAAGCUGCUAACCAUUGGAUUGCUAAUUACAUCAUGAAUGGCUACCUUUCCAACCCUCCCCACCCCAUAACAAAAGCUUGUCAUCCGCUCCAUUAAAAUAUUUACUUGCAUCCUCCAUUUUAUAUCCAAAUGAAUAAAUGUAAGAAGUGAUUUUUUAAACAUAUAUUUAUCAUUUAACUAUGAUCAUGUGAUAUGUUAUUACCGAGGGUUUAUUGGAAGCAGCUACCUUCAUGGUAGGGGGAAAGUCUGUACGCUCUAGCCUCCUCAGACCACAUUUUGUGGCAUUACACCUGGUAUGUUGCUGUUGUUGUUGCAUGCAUGUGAUAUGUUUCUAUAGUAUCACUUUAACUGGGCCGGCUCAAAAAGAUCGGGAGCCUAAAGCUAAACUAUACAGUGAGGCCCUAAUUUUUUUAAAGAAA